GCGGAAUUACCACCAGGGCUAGAAGGAUACCUCGAGAACCUUCGCAGAUUGUUGACUGAGCUUAACCAAGAAGUCCAUAGGCUGACACACGCUGACCUGACCUACAGCCGAAGAAAGGUGUUCUGCCUGCCCAUCGGGGCCCCCUGUUGAGCGCUGAUAACUUGGCUUCUUUUGUUGCCUGUGUAGAAAAUUCUCUCUAUUGAAUUUUUUCCUUUUUUGCACAUGGAACACAACAGCAAGGAGGGCAACGCAGGCUGAUACGACCAGAGACCGCAGGGAGAUUCUUUCACCGUGGGCCUUUGGGACUUUCCUCUAGUUGGCGUUCUGGACUUUGACAGAACCCCAUCCAAUCAUUUCAGUUUUGCUGUCUUUUUUUUUUUUUUUUUCCCUUCUCACCACUACUUUGUAUUUUAUUUCUGUACUUCAGAGAUGGGCUUGCAGACCACACAGUGGCCCAGCCAUGGGGCUUUUUUCCUCAAAUCUUGGCUUCUCAUUUCUCUGGGGCUCUACUCACAAGUGUCAGAACUCCUGGGGUGCCCCAGCGUGUGCCGCUGCGACAGGAACUUUGUCUACUGUAACGAGCGAAGCUUGACCUCAGUGCCUCUUGGGAUCCCGGAGGGCGUAACCGUACUCUACCUCCACAACAACCAAAUUAAUAAUGCUGGAUUUCCUGCAGAACUGCACAACGUACAGUCGGUGCACACGGUCUACCUGUAUGGCAACCAACUGGAUGAAUUCCCCAUGAACCUUCCCAAGAACGUCCGAGUUCUCCACUUGCAGGAAAACAACAUUCAGACCAUUUCACGGGCGGCUCUGGCCCAGCUCCUGAAGCUUGAGGAGCUACACCUGGAUGACAACUCUAUAUCCACAGUGGGGGUGGAAGACGGGGCCUUCCGGGAGGCUGUCAGCCUCAAGUUGUUGUUUCUGUCCAAGAAUCAUCUGAGCAGUGUGCCCGUGGGGCUUCCUGUGGACUUGCAAGAGCUGAGAGUGGAUGAGAACCGAAUCGCUGUCAUUUCAGACAUGGCCUUUCAGAACCUCACGAGCUUGGAGCGUCUGAUUGUGGACGGGAACCUCCUGAACAACAAGGGCAUCGCCGAGGGCACUUUUAGCCACCUCACCAAGCUCAAGGAGUUUUCCAUCGUGAGGAAUUCGCUCUCCCACCCGCCGCCUGAUCUCCCAGGAACGCAUCUGCUCCGGUUGUAUCUGCAGGACAACCAGAUAAACAACAUCCCCUUGACCGCUUUCUCUAACCUCCGUAAGCUGGAACGGCUGGAUAUAUCCAACAACCAACUCCGCGUGUUGACGCAAGGGGUCUUCGAUAAUCUCUCCAACCUGAAGCAGCUGACCGCUCGCAACAACCCUUGGUUUUGUGACUGCAGUAUUAAAUGGGUCACGGAAUGGCUCAAAUACAUCCCUUCCUCUCUCAAUGUGCGAGGUUUCAUGUGCCAAGGUCCUGAGCAAGUCCGGGGCAUGGCCGUCCGGGAGUUGAAUAUGAAUCUUCUGUCCUGUCCCACCACCACCCCCGGCCUGCCUGUCUUCACCCCGGCCCCAACUACAGCUGCUCCCACAACCCAGCCACCCACGCUCUCUGUCCCCACCCCCAGCAAAAGCUAUAUGCCUCCGACUCCCACCACCUCCAGACGCCCCACGAUUCCCGACUGGGACGGCCGAGAAAGAGCGACCCCGCCGAUUUCUGAGCGCAUCCAGCUGUCUGUCCACUUUGUGAACGACACUUCCAUUCAGGUCAGCUGGCUGUCGCUCUUCACCGUGAUGGCGUACAAACUCACGUGGGUGAAAAUGGGCCACAGUUUGGUGGGGGGCAUCGUGCAGGAACGCAUCGUCAGCGGGGAGAAGCAGCACCUGAGCCUGGUGAACCUGGAGCCCAGGUCCACCUACCGGAUUUGUUUGGUGCCGCUGGAUGCGUUUAACUACCGAGCGGUGGAGGAUACCAUUUGCUCCGAGGCCACCACCCACGCCUCCUACCUGAACAAUGGCAGCAACACCGCUUCCAGCCACGAGCAGACGACGUCCCACAGCAUGGGCUCCCCCUUCCUGCUGGCGGGCCUGAUCGGGGGCGCCGUGAUCUUCGUGCUCGUGGUCUUGCUGGGCGUCUUUUGCUGGCACAUGCACAAAAAGGGGCGCUACACCUCCCAGAAGUGGAAAUACAACCGUGGCCGGCGGAAAGACGACUACUGCGAGGCGGGCACCAAGAAGGACAAUUCCAUCCUGGAGAUGACAGAAACCAGCUUUCAGAUCGUCUCCUUAAAUAACGAUCAGCUCCUUAAAGGAGAUUUCAGACUGCAGCCCAUUUACACCCCAAAUGGGGGCAUUAAUUACACAGACUGCCACAUCCCCAACAACAUGCGAUACUGCAACAGCAGCGUGCCCGACCUAGAGCACUGCCACACGUGACAGCGAGGCCCGGCGUCACCCGUGACAGUGACACUCCCGAGAGAGCACUCGUGUGUGCCCGGAAAGACACGCAGAUUACAUUUGAUAAAUGUUACCCAGAUGCAUUUGUGCAUUUGAAUACUCUGUAAUUUAUACGGUGUACUAUAUAAUGGGAUUUAAAAAAAGUGCUAUCUUUUCUAUUUCAAGUUAAUUACAAACAGUUUUGUAACUCUUUGCUUUUUAAAUCUUAAAAAAAAAAAAUAGUUGCUGAAGUACUGUACAGGGUUGUACAAUGAGAACCCAAUGCCAAGGCGAAAGAACCAGUGAUUCUUCCUUAUGAUACACAUGCACCACGUUGCAGUUGAGCUGUCUGGAUAGAUUCCUUUCUGAGAGCUGGUGUUCAGGUGACAGGGCAGAUGAAGACGGACUCACUGGGGUCAGGUAAAUGAUGGGUCCACACAAAGAAUGGCCCAGAGAUCUUUAUGCUAUUUCUAUUCUUCCUGGUCUGGAAGAAAAGCUAAAAACGCCAAACUAUAAGAAAGGGAGGUAGUUACCCUGAUUUGACCCCAAACAGGACAUGGAGGACGCAUCACAAGGAAGUCAGUUCCUGUGAGAUAAGUUAACCUAAACUGGCAGAAUGAAGAAAGUGAGGCGAGUUUUGUAAAGACCCUUCAGCCUGGGGGUUGGUGUCUGACCAGGAACUUAGAAAUCACUCCACUGCCUCCCUGGCCCUAUGUGAUAACAAACUAGGGACCCGAGUCUGAUUCAGGGACAGGUGUGACGUCCCCGCAAGAAAAUUCCCUUUAAAAGUGUUGCUAUUCAAAUUAAAUGUCAGGUUGAAUCACAUUCAACAGAGAUAUAUGCUAGAAUACUUUUUUUAGAAGAGGCUAAUAAAAAUAAUGGGAAGAUUAUAUUGAAUGGAAUUAUUUUUGAUAAUGAGAAUUAUUUGGGUAGAUUCAUUGCAGCUAUGUCAACAUGAUACAAAGACCAACAAGAGAUCAAGUCUGGAAUAUAGUCAAACAACUUGUUAUUUAAAAAUUAUUGAUACCAUGUAGACAAAUCAAGUGAUCGGUGGUUCUGCUGUACCGUCAACUGCCUUUGUUAGUAUCAUGUUGAAAUAGCUUGAAUUAAUACCUUUACCCCCCUCGCAAAUUCUUGUCUUCCAGUCACCUCACAUAUAUUUUCGUAAUUAGCUGUUUAUACUGUGUUUGUUUUUCUCCCCCCUCUGCUCAAAAUUUAAAAGAAAAUUAUGGACGCCAGUCUUGGUUGCACAAAAAUAUCCAUCUACGCUUUAAAAUGUAUACUAGUUUUCACUGCUAACAAUUCUAUAAGGACACAUCAAC